AUAUAUCAGAGCAGCAUACCAGAGGCAGACCGUGGGAGCAUCAGAUAACCCGCAUCAUAUUUACUGAAAAACACAAGCUGCUUUCAUAUCUUUUUUCAGCCACAACGACGGUUUAAAACAAUCCAUGGCUCGAGCGCUAAGCAAAUUGGUGAGGCACGCUCUCAGGACUCAUGGCUGCGGGUGCGAGUCGGUGUCGGUGUCUGUCCGCAGCAUCACUUUCUCUCCACGUCAGGUCACCUCUGACGCAGGCUUUCACUCUGUGUCUUUCUCCGAGACCGAUCAUCCCAAAGUCCUCAUCACGGGCGGUCUGGGCCAGCUGGGGGUGGGGCUCGCCAAGAUGCUGCGGCGGCAAUUUGGAAAGAAUAAUGUGAUUCUGUCCGACAUCAGAAAACCUCCCAGUGAGGUAUAUCACAAUGGUCCCUUCAUUUAUUCAGACAUUCUCGACUAUAAAAACCUGCGUGAGAUCGUGGUGAAUAACCGCAUCACCUGGCUGGUACACUACAGUGCACUCUUGAGUGCAGUUGGGGAAGCCAAUGUGUCAUUGGCCCGGGAUGUCAACAUCACUGGCCUGCAUAAUAUACUGGACAUUGCAGCUGAGCAUGACCUCCGUCUGUUUGUCCCCAGCACUAUUGGGGCUUUUGGGCCCUCCUCUCCCCGCAACCCAACUCCUGACCUCUGCAUCCAGCGACCACGCACCAUCUAUGGUGUCUCGAAGGUCCACGCUGAACUCAUGGGAGAGUAUUACCAUCAUAGGUAUGGGCUGGACUUUCGCUGUCUGCGGUAUCCAGGCAUCAUCUCGGCAGACUCUCAGCCUGGAGGAGGGACGACAGACUACGCGGUGCAGAUCUUCCACGAUGCGGUGAAGACCGGCAAGUUUGAGUGCAACCUUCGGCCGGACACGCGGCUGCCCAUGAUGUACAUCACCGACUGCCUGCGGGCCACCCUGGAGAUGAUGGAGGCCCCGGCGGAAGCGCUCAGCAUGCGCACCUACAAUAUCAAUGCCAUGAGCUUCACGCCAGAGGAGCUGGUUCACGAGCUGCGGAAACUUCUGCCCGGGCUGGAGGUCUCCUACCACAUCGACCCCGUCAGGCAGGCCAUAGCGGACAGUUGGCCCAUGAACUUUGAUGACAGUAAUGCACGCAGGGACUGGAGCUGGAAGCAUGACUAUGACCUGCCUGAACUGGUGCAGACCAUGUUGAACUUCAUUGGGUCCGACUCAAGGAUUGCUAGUGCUAACUGAGUUCCAUAGAUCCAUCAUGGUUCUGUACGUACAGGGCAGUUCAGACUAUCAGGGACUGUAGACCCAAAAGGAUGUAAAUAUUUUGAGUGCACUGCUGGGUUUUUAAAGUUGUGUUGCUCCCAAAUAGGGAUUGUAGCGAAUAUAUGUCAGUGUCUCACUCUCUGUCUGUUAUUUGACAGCUGAAGUCGUCCUUACAUGGAGGCUUUUCCAAGGUCAAAAGGGAUGAAAGAAUGUUACUGUAAAUGUUUUCUAGUCCCUUAAAAAAAUACACACUCAAUAGCCAGAAUGUGUCUUUGUCUACCAAAUAGUGUCUGUCAAACCAAAUAUUGAUUCUGCUCAGUGAACUUACACUUGCCUUGAAUCAGCCACAACUGAAUGAUGUUCACAUGUGUUAGGGUCCAUGUGAUUCCAUACCAAACCAUCCAGUCUUGUCUCAAGGUGAUCGUGAAAAGGGAAAAGAGUCUUCAGUAAUCGUCCUGUUGCUGAUAGUAGUCUGAACUUGCAGUACAAUGUGUAAUUAUAUUAGAACAUGCACUCUUCAGAAUGCCUGGCUUCAUGAAGUAUUUAUUUUUUUUGCACUCAACAAGAAUGUAAUUCUAGUUUUGUGUUUCUAUUUAGAAUGUCCACCUGGUGCUAUCUAGUAACUUGCUUUGUAUGACUCUUGCUUCGAGAGCGUCACUAUGCCUAAUGAUGUAAUGGUGCUUGACUAUACUCUGUCUAUUUUUUAGCUAGUGGCAAAAUGUGUUUAUGUCCUAGGAUUUUGAAAUUGUCCCUCUUCUUUAAAUUAUUAUUUUCUAAAUUCAGUGACUUAAUGUAAAGGGGAAAAUACAGAUUCCACUCAACCCUUGGGAUAUGUCGUGUUGCCAUGAAGGAUAAUAUAGGGGCUGAAUAUAUAUUUUUUUUUUUCUGUGUAAAUGCCUCUUCACAAAUUCUUCAGCAGAACAUUAAAUCCUCAGCUAAAGUUCA